AAUCUGGUACCCAGGAGGGCGGGGACGCUAGCGCCUACCUGCACCUGUAGCAGAGCGGGCCGCCUCCUGUCCUACACUGACCCUCCCCUCCUCCGCAGUUCUAGUGUCUUCAGUCCUUUGGCCAGCCACCAGCAGGUGGACAGAUGUCUUUGCGCGUUCCUACGGACGCUCAGGAAGGGCGAGUGCGCAGGAGUCAGCCACUGAGGUCCCAAUCUUGCAGCGGCCAGGGACCAGCGUGAGCGGGAAGAAGGGACUCGCCCCAGAAUGUGAAAUUCCCGCCGGGAAAGGCUGUCUGGGCUCGCCCUGGGACAACAGAUCUGACAGCCGCUGGGACCGGAGAGGUGCACACUGCCAGCCCCUCGUUGUCCCCACAGUGUGCAAGAGUCCAGCAACAACGAUUCCUGCAUCUCUUUGAGACAGCGACAAGGGACACCAUACCUAAGCUUCAGGUGGCCACAAGACUCCCCUCGGUGCUCUGGGCAGCCAGCGGAGCACGGAGCCCCGGUGGCUCUGGAAGCCCAAGCAGGGCACUCCCUCUACUCCCAUCCGGCAGGCAGCCAGGAGUGGGAGAAGCCUGGGAGGGCUGACGUGAACAAUCUAAGACCACGGGGAGAGAGGGAGGACGUCCUUGCCCAGGCCCUUCCCCACACGGGGUGCCCAGGGUCCCCAGGCCAUGGCGGACAGUGGCAGCUCCACCAGCAGCUCUGGCCCCUGGUGGAAAUCGUUAACCAGGAAAAAAAGCAAGGAAGUCACGGUAGGGGUGCAGCCUCAGGUUCAGGCAGAGACCAAGACUCCCUUACCGAAUCCCUCACCACCUCCCUCAGAUCGGACUAGCAGCUCGCGAGAAAACCAGCACUCCAAUGUCCUUGGGGACACCGGAGAGUCCCCCAGGUCAGAUAUGUGUGAGGAGAAAUCAGGCAGCAGCCGGCGCAAUUUGAAGAUCUCUCGCUCUGGCCGAUUCAAGGAGAAGAGGAAAGUGCGGGCCACGCUGAUCCCAGAAGGAGACAGGUCCCCUGAGGAGGCCGACUUUCCAGAUGACCCCCAGGAGGACAAACAAUAGCCUGUGCAAGCUUCCAGGACUGUCUUUCUCUCUGUGGAGAGAGAAACGCUAUUACCUGCAGCCCUAGUAUUUGGUGUCUUACCCAAGUUCAGAAUGUUCAGGUGACCAAGGCCUUCAAGAUUUAUUUUUUUUUCUAGUAAGUGAAGUGUCAGCUAAGUUUUCAGUAGUC